AUUUGCGCUCAUUUAGGUAGUCUAUUCGUCAUUUCAUCAUGUCGCGUGUUGUUGUUGUCGGAUUGGCUGGCCCAUCGUGUUCGGGAAAGACCACCGUGGCACUCAACCUUAUCAAGCUGUUUCCACACACAGUGGUUAUCCACCAAGACGACUUUUACAAGCCCGACAGCCAAAUCCCAUUGAACGACACGGCUGGGGUGCAGGACUGGGACUGCCCGGGCUCGUUUGACAUGGAAAAACUGGUAGCUGACAUUGAGAGCACGCGGCUGAGGCUGGAGGGCAUCGACGGAACCGAUAGCGUGGGUGAUCUGCGCGACCACUUCGCAUCGCAGUGGGCCAACCCACCCGAGGACAUCGACAAGCUAAUUCCGACCACCGUUAUUGACGGCAUGCGGCACUGGAUCAUACAAGACCUGGGAAUCGACAGUGCCGACCAGAUUCCAUUCUGCAUCGUGCUCGUUGACGGCAUCUUGCUUUACCAUGAUGACAACGAUGCCGUCAGGCACCCGCAGAGCGCCUUGGACAUUGGCCUGUUUAUCUAUGCAUCAUACGAGACGCUGAAGCAGCGCCGGGAGGCGCGCUCAGCAUAUGCAACCAAGGAGGGCGUGUGGACGGACCCGCCUGGGUACUUUGACUCGAUCGUGUGGCCCAACUUUGUAAAGUACCACUCAGGCAUGAUCAAGGCGCACCCAUGCAUCCUGGCCGACGAUGCUGCGGCUGCGCCCGGGAGUUCUAAUGUCUCAGUGUGUUCGUCCGAUGUGCCGGCAAAAGAUAUGCUGGCAGAGUGCGUUGGCGCUAUCGUUAGCGAGUGGAGGCGCCGUAUGGAGUAAUACAUUCUAUUUGAUGUUUGACAGCAUAUUGCAUACUUUGAGAAUCUCCCUCUGCACGGAGUGGAUGCCGUCUUUGGACCGGCUGCUGCAGUGGAUGGCUGUGGGCUGGACU